GAUCUGCAUCUCCCGUUAAGCUUCAUUUUAAGUUGACUCCACAUCCCGCAAAGGGGUUGAGUUAGUCGCUCCCCCAUGACGUAUGUCUGGACCCCUGAAGUUAUGGUGUCCGUCUGCCCGAGGUUAACUACAAGUGUACCUGCUGUUAUCCAAAGUCAAAUUUUGGGUCUCCCAAAAGCUAUUCAAAACCUCAUUCGAAGUUUCCGGCCCAUAUACAGUCAACUAACCCCCCCUUCCCUCCAACCCCGAAAAUGUCGACCCCAACCCCAAACAUAACUCUCUACUUCCUGCAAGCUUCGCGCAGCAUUCGCAUCGCCUGGCUACUCGAAGAACUCCAUCUGCCUUACAAUAACAUAUUUUACCCUCGCGAGAACAAUAGGGCUCCUGCGGCGUUUAAAAAGGAAUCGGGAAGUGCGUUGGGAAAAGCGCCGGUGUUGAGGGAUGGGGAGGUCCUUGUUUUGGAGAGUGGGGCUAUCACUGAAUAUCUAAUCGAGAGAUACGACUCGAACCAGCGCCUCCUUGGCGGUCAAGAUCCCCUCCUCCGCAAUCGCAUCCGGUCUUUCGUUCACGCAGCAGAAGGGACGUUCAUGCCUCACGCCCUGGCAGUGACUUACGCGCGCUGGAACGCAACCGAGGAUAUGAAAAAUAAUGGCGAUUUGCAGAAACUGGAAGAUGGACUGUAUGGGAAUGUCUUGAGGGAUUUAGACUGGUUGGAUGGGGAGUUGGAGGGGAGGAAGUUCAUUGGUGGGGAGGAGGUGAGCGCUGCGGAUACGAUGUGCGGGUUCAGUGUCCAGUUCAUUUAUGCUAGGGGAUUAGGAGGUAAGAUUGAGCCUGGACGGUUCAAGAAUGUAGAGAGGUGGUUGAAGAAUUGCGAGGAAACAGAUAGUUGGAAGAGAGCCGUUGAGAAGACUGGGCAUCAACUUUGACAGGUACAAAGUAACAAAGUAGGGUGUGUAAAAUGGAAUCAUGAAGAAUUGCCAGAAUAUUUCACGACUAAACGCAUAUCACAAUGCUCUACAGACACUGCAGCAGGCUGGAAAGAAACUUUUUCCAGUAGUGGCAUCCAACCACCGGACUUACA